AUGGUUGAUGAUCCACAUGCUCCACUUCAUCAGUAUCAUCAGCCAGGAGACCUCAACAUUGGAGCCAUUGCUUCCCAGGCUUUCAUAAUCUCCAGUCGAAUCAGCUUCACUGAAGAACCCCCACCACCUUUGUUUGAAGAGCUUGCUGCAAUACCUAAGAAUUAUCAGCACAUCCUGGCCUUGGCAUUUGCAGUAAAAGAGAUCAAUGAAAACUUUCACCUCUUGCCCAAUAUCACCUUGGGUUUCCACAUCUAUGAUAACUAUUAUACUGAUAAGUGGACCUACCAUGCUACAAUACUACUUAUAUACACCCUGGGAAGAUUUGUUCCAAAUUACCAAUGUGAUGUCAAAACAAACCUGGUUGGAGUCAUUGGGGGACUGGACCCCCCAACCUCACUUCAAGUGGCCAGACUUGUGGAUGUUUUCAAAAUUCCACAGCUCAUUUAUGGCCCUGCUGCAGUGAUGAAUGAUAAAACGCCAGGCAUCCUAUUCUACCAGAUGGUGCCCAGAGAAGACAGUCAGUUUGCAGGGAUUCUUUCUUUGCUUCUGCAUUUCAGCUGGACAUGGAUUGGACUCCUAACUAUGGAUAACGACAAUGGAGAAAGAUUUGUGCAAAGCGUGGUUCCACCUUUUUCUCAGAGUGGUAUCUGCUUUGCCUUCAUAGAAAGAACCCAAACAUUUACUGUUGUCACUGAAAUUAAUGAGAUGUUUAACAAGGGGGGUAAAAUACAUGAUAAAAUCAUAGAUAGUAAAGCCAGUGUAGUGGUGGCAUAUGGAGAAUCUUAUGGGAUUGUGUUCUUGAGAUGGUUUCCAUAUCUGUCAGAACAAGAACAUAUAAGCAAGAAGUCAAAAGGUAUAGUGUGGAUAAUAACAGCCCAGGGGGAGUUCAAUUCAAUGGUCUAUCAGAGGACUUGGGAUACAGAAAUGUUCCAUGGAUCUCUCUCAUUUACAAUUCACUCCAAUGAUCUACCAGGAUUUCAAGAAUUUGUUAGAAGCAGAAACCCAUCCAGCACCACAGGAGAUGGUUUUAUCAAGGACUUCUGGCAACAGGCUUUUGGUUGCAUAUUCCCAAAUACAGAUGUCGGCAAGAUAGAUGGGGACAUUUGCACUGGGGAAGAGAAUCUGGAGAGUCUUCCUGCGUCUUUUUUUGAAAUGAGCAUGACCUCCCACAGCUACAGUAUCUACAAUGCCGUCUAUGUUUUGGCCCAUGCUUUACAUGCUAUGUCCUCAUCUAGACUCGAGCACAGUGCCAUGCAGAACAGAGGCAUGCAGAAAUUUCGGGAUCACCAGCAUUGGAAGCUCCACGAGUUUUUGAAAAGGGUCUCAUUUAACAAUAGUGCUGGAGAGAGAGUCUCCUUUGACCAGAAUGGGGAGUUUGCAGCUGGCUUUGAUAUCGAUAACUGGAUAUUCCUAAAAAAUGAAUCCUUUCAUAGAACAAAAGUUGGGAGGACUGAUCCCCUGGCUUCUCCGGAUCAAGUGUUCACCAUCAAUGAGAAUGUCAUAACAUGGCACAAGGGAUUUAACCAGGUACAGCCUCUUUCUGUAUGUACUGAGAGUUGCCGCCCUGGUUCUAGCAAAAAAGUGAAGGAGGGGGAGCCAUCUUGCUGCUAUGAUUGUAUCCCGUGCCCAGGAGGGAAGAUUUCAGAUCAAAUUGAUAUGAGUGAUUGCCAUAAAUGUACAGAUGAAAAAUAUGCAAACAAAAAACAGGAUUUUUGUAUUCCUAAGAAUUUCAGCUUUCUGUCUUAUGAAGAACCUUUGAGUCUUGGUUUAACUUCUUUAGCUCUUUCAUUUUCUAUGAUGACAGCUAUAGUGCUAGGAAUAUUUAUGAAGCACCAUAACACUCCAAUUGUCAAAGCUAACAACCGGGACCUCACCUAUACUCUCCUCAUCUCCCUGUUCCUCUGCUUCCUUUGUGCAUUUUUAUUUAUUGGCCAACCCCAGAAGGUAAUGUGUUUCCUUCGACAAACUACUUUCAGCAUCAUUUUCUCAGUGGCUGUUUCUUGUGUGCUGUCAAAAACCACUACAGUGGUUCUGGCUUUCAUGGCCACCAAACCUGGAUCCAAAAUGAGGAAGUGGGUGGGGAAGAAUCUGGCCAGCUACAUUGUUCUUUCCUGCUCCCUCAUCCAAGCACUUAUCUGCACUGUUUGGCUUGCAACCUCUCCCCCAUUCCCAGAUGUUGACAUGCACUCAUUCACUUCAGAAAUUGUAUUAGAAUGCAAUGAGGGGUCUGAGAUAAUGUUCUACUGUGUUCUUGGCUACAUGGGAUUCCUGGCAACUGUCAGCUUCACUGUGGCUUUCCUCUCCAGAAAGUUACCCGACAGUUUCAAUGAAGCCAAGUUCAUCACUUUCAGCAUGCUGGUCUUUUGCAGUGUUUGGCUCUCCUUUAUUCCCUCCUACCUGAGCACAAAGGGAAAACACAUGGUUGCAGUGGAGAUCUUCUCUAUUUUAGCCUCCAGUGCUGGACUGCUGGGUUGCAUCUUUGCACCGAAAUGUUACAUUAUUAUGUUAAGACCUGAAUUGAACAGCAAGGAACAGAUAAUGAAGAGGAAAUCUGGAUUAAUGUAA